AUGACAGCCUCUAAACCCUUCCGACGACUUCUCGUCGCCAACAGAGGCGAAAUCGCCGUCCGCAUCAUCCAAGCCGCACGCGAGCUCUCCCCACCCAUAGAAGUAUACGCCAUCUACACCGAAGACGACACCUCGCAUUGCGACACCGCUCACCCGGACCAAGCCUUACUCAUCCCAUCAGUGUCAACAUAUCUCGACAUCCCGUACUUAGUGCAUUUAGCCCAAGAGCAUGCCAUCGAUGCCAUCCACCCAGGCUACGGCUUCCUCAGCGAAAGCGCCGAUUUCGCAGCCCGUCUACAAGACGCUGACAUUACUGUCAUAGGACCGGGCAGCUCAGUACUAUCUCGCACGGGGGACAAGCUGCAAGCCAAGCAACUAGCCGUGGAAUGCGACGUGCCUGUGUUGCCGGCGAUGGCGCAGCCGACGGCGGAUGUUGCGGAGGUGCGGGCAUUCGCGAAGCAAGUGCAGUAUCCUGUUAUGGUGAAGGCAGUGGAUGGGGGGUUGGAGGGCGCAGUGAGGGGUGCGGUGAAUGAGUCGCCGUCUGGGACGGUUUUUGUGGAGAAGGCGGCUGUGAAGGGGUUUCGACAUGUGGAGGUGCAGAUAGUUGGGGAUGGGAGGGAGGUGAGGCAUCUGUGGGAGAGGGAUUGCAGUGUGCAGAGGAGGUUUCAGAAGGUGGUUGAGAUUGCGCCGUCGGUGAUUGGGGAUCGAGGGCUUGUGAAGAGGGUGGUCGAUGCUGCGGUGAGGAUGGGGAGGGCUAUUAGGUAUAGGUCUUUGGGGACGGUGGAGUUUCUGGUUAAUGAGGGGAGUGGGGAGUUUUAUUUCUUGGAGAUUAACCCUAGGUUACAGGUUGAACAUACGGUUACGGAGGAGGUUAUGGGGGUGGAUCUUGUGCUGGCUCAGUUGAAGCUGGCGAUGGGGUGUACGCUUGCGGAGGUUGGGCUUGGGGGUGAGGUGUGGGUUACGCCUAAGGCUUGUUCGAUACAGCUCCGGUUGUGUGCGGAAGAUCCGAGCAAUCAGUUUGCGCUCAGUCUUGGGAAGGUGACUGAGUUGGUUGUUCCGAGUGGUCGUGGCGUGAGAGUUGAUACGCAUGUUCGUGCUGCUGGGGCCAGUCCUGUUGUGGUAGGGGCGCAAUUGGAUAACUUACUUGCUAAGAUUAUUGUCACUGCAUCUACCUGGGAGGCCGCAGUGCUCAAGGCCCGGCGAGUGCUUGCAGACACAACAGUGGCUGGUAUCCGGACUAACUUGGAGUUGCUGAGAGGGGUUGUUGCUCAGGAAGACUUCCUUUCUGGAAGGGUUGACACACAGUGGCUGGAGUCCAGUCUGGAUCAAGUGCUUCAGCAGGGAGCAAUAGUCUCCCGAUCGGUCCGUACUCAAGCAUCUGGACAGGGACAGCAUCCCUCUGCAUUGCCUAGUGUGCCUUCUUCGAAUCUCCUAUUUCGGCGAGGAGAUGCAUGGUCAAUCAGUCUCACACAAGUGGAAGCGUCUGAAAAGUCACAGCAACAUCAUCUCCAACUUACACGCGUGCUGCGGAAUGACUUUCCGACUUCGCUUGCAGCGGAGAUCGAGUACCAGACACCCAAUUCUUCCAGUGCCUAUCGGCUGGAACUCGCAGCCACCUCAACUACAGCAUCUGCUUUAUUUUCAUCUGCUCAUCGCCGCGGAGACAUGAGCAACCCGCGACACAUUGUCCUUCCUCUAUCUGGGAAGUUAAUUGAAGUGCUUGUGUCGGCCGGGGAUCAUGUAGCUGAGAACCAGGUGAUAGCGUUUAUCAAGCAGAUGAAGAUGGAGGUGGAGGUGCGCAGUCCGCGCGCAGGGCAAGCACAAUGGGUGUAUGAGAUGGAAGAUGAAGAGGAAGAUGUGGCUGAAGGGAUGUUGUUGGUGGAGUUGACCGACGGGUUGCAAGGGAAGCUCUAA